ACAAGAGAUUUAGAAGAGUAACGUAAAAGAGAGGCGACGCGAAUGGCGAUCUAGAGUUCUAGGGUUUCGAUGUUUCUACAGUUUUGGGAUCCUGAGAUUAUUGAGGAGGCGGAUAUAUCUGAAUCGGAGGUUCGAAUUGGAAAUGGGAUUUUCCAAGGUCGAAAGAUUGAAGACGAAACAUCGCGAUUCUAUUUAAAAUUGGGAUCGGAAGAUAUGAUCGAGGGUACAAGGAAAACGGAGAUUUGGAUUUGGCGACAACUAAGGAGUACGAGGAUUUUAAUUUUGAUUUCGAUCACCAUCAAGAUGAAAUCGAAUCAAGAUGAAGAGUCAGCUAUUGGGUAAUGUGGGAGAGGGGAAGAAUGGAGAAGGAACUCGAAAGCGCCUGAAGAUUUCCGUGCCCCAUUUCGACAAUUCAGCUCUCAUCAAGACUUUUUCCAAAUCUCUGAUUGGCAGAUGCAUGAAUCCAGAGGAACAGGAGAUGAAGGCUCUCAUCUCGAACCUCCCGAAGAUAUGGAAAUUGGAAGAGAGGGUCGUUGGCUCGGAUUUGGGUUUUGGGAAGUUUCAGUUUGACUUCGACAAGGUGGAGGAUUUGGAAGGAGUUUUUAAGCUUCAACCCUUUCAUUUCGAUUACUGGAUGUUGUCUUUGGCGCGUUGGCAACCUAAGGAGUCAGUACUCUUCCCAUCAGAGAUAACUUUCUGGGUUCGAAUCAUAGGAGUUCCGGGAGAGUUCAAAACAGUACCCACUUUCGAGAGCAUUGGGGAUGCCAUAGGAAGGACGGUGGCAGUAGACUUGGAUCACUCGCGUGUGCAAGUGGUGGUUGAUGCUUUUAAGGAGCUUUGUUUCGAAACAACGGUUGACUUCACGGGUGGAGAGUUCUAUGAUGGUGAGGAAGCCCCGGUUUCGCUGCGGUAUGAGAAGCUAUUUGACUAUUGUCAGGUUUGUGGUAGUUUGUGCCACAAAGAUGAACUCUACCCCUUAGAGGUGAAGAACACUAAUAAGAGUCCAAAAAAGAAACGUGAAGGAAGAGAAGGGAAUGGUGCUUGGUAUGAUGGUGGGAAGUACGAUGAUCGCGCAAGAAGUUAUAAAGGUGUAGUUAUCAAUGGAAAUCAGGUUCAACAGAAUAAAGAAAGAGAGAGCCGGGAGUAUUAUAGCAAGGGCAAGGGUAAGAUGGGGGAGGAAGCAGACUCUAAAUGGACGAAGGUGGCAGAGAGAGGAAGUAAGAGAGCCUACACUAAUCGUGGAACUCAUAGAGGUGAUGGGGAAGCUUCGCGGUACAGAACUGCGGGGAAAGAGGACUUUAGGUCUGGCGCUUCAAGUGGACAAACUCGACCAUCUACAGGGCAGAAUAGGGAGCAACAGCCUCAGCAUGGUGCUCAUGAGGAAGCUCGCGAGGAGGGUGAGAUCAGAUCCGUAGAAGAGUGUCGCAACACGCUACCUUCCCAAGCGUUUCAAGUUGAGCUGGCUAAAACUCAGGCUGAGGGAACGAAAGUCAUUUUGGAUCCUAUUGAUGUUGACCAAGGUCUGGCUGUGGUACAUGAUAUGCAGGAGGAUCAGGUUGGUUUAGAGCAUGAGAAUCAGGUUGGUUUAGAGGAGGAGGAUGUUAUGGAUAUGGAUGAGAUUAAGGCUCAUUUACUUGAGAAUGGGAUAGAUAUGGAUGCAGAGGAUUUCAUGGAGAAGCUAUCAGAAGAGGAAAUUGAAGAGGAGGGCAAGGAACAGGAAGAUGAGAGUAACGCUCAAGACACAGAUGAAGUGGUAGUUGUGGAUGAUGUGCAAGGCAAGCUUGGAGGAGAUGCAGUGAAGAAGCAUGGCUUGCGCAAGAGGUUGUUCAAGUCUUCAAGCAGCACUAUGGGAAGCACAAAAAUGAGAGUGUUUAAUGCGCUUGCGUCCCCACGAAAGCGAGCUGCUGCAAACCCAGGAGCAUGACAGGGAGAUACCGGUAAGCAUGUGGAGAGUAAGGUGUUUCCAACCCGAAACUUGGGAAUCAGAGGGUCUGAUUUAUGGAUAGAGUCUUUCUUCAAGAGUUUUUAAGCAGGCAGGGCCUGUCUUAUGUUUCUUUUUGUCUUCUGGUUUUAAUAAGCUCUACGAGCAUUUGCAUCUUUUUGGUUUCUAAAAGUAGUAAGAGGUUGGACUUACUUUCGUUGUUAUGGCUAAUGAUAAGGUUUUUCUUUGAGGUUAAGAAAUGAAAUAAUAAAACAAUCUUGUGUUA